UUUAUUGUUUCUGCCUUUUAAAUGUUUGAAUGCGCCUUCAAAAGUUGUUCCAACACUUCCCCUACAUGAGAUAAUGUUUGUAUAAAUGGAUGGUAAGUAACAAUGAACAAGUCAGUUCAUCUGAAAAUCUAUAGGCUAGAAAAAAAAACAAGGCACUGAGAUGAGACAGAGAGAAGUUAGUAGAUUCGGAAGGCUGACAUUAAGCCUUAGUAUCUGCGUCGAUCACCAAAAGUUUCCCAAAUGGAGAAGACAACAGAUGAGGAAGAGACGAGAGGCUAAAGAUGAAGACGAAGAAGAAGAAGAAGUCAAGAAGAGAGUAGAGGUGAUGAAAGCAGCCGCACAGGCUUGGCUCAGCCGCUCCCAAAACUCUGAAAGCACCGUUCUGGAGUUCGAGGCGCGAAGAAAGCAUGCUUUUGUCAGAGGUAAACCUUCACGUUUCAAAAUGGAAGCAUUGUUGUCUACAACAAAGAAGCAUCGUCAUCACUCUUUUUUGGACUGGGAAUACGGACAGUCCUUGUGGGAUCCAUACGAGAUUCUUUCCGUCUUUAAGAAACUGGAACGCGCACUCACGUUAGAAGAACAUACUUUCUCUGCGGACAAUGCCAUCAAGAAGAAGAAUAGGGACAGCAGAAAGAGCCUUAAGAGUUUGUUUACCACUUCGUCUUCGAGGAGAUUUUAA